CCGGAUGUUGCUGUGGUAACGGACUGUGGCGGCGGCGGAGAUUUUCUUUUCUUUUUUGUGUUUUCGUGUUUACGGGAGGCGGUGUCAUCGCUGAGAGCUUGUAACAUGGAGCAAUGUUUCACAGAUGGACUCAAAACUAUUGGAGGGCCACCUGAAUCUAAAUUGCAUCAAGUGGAGCCAUCAACUGGCCAGCAACUACAGAACUCUGAAGGUGGUAGAAUGUGGCAAGUGACAGAUAUGACCCGCUUGCGUCGGUUUCUCUGUUUUGGUUCUGAGGGUGGGACGUACACCACCAAUGUGGAAAAGCUUGGAAAAGAAAAUGCUCAGGCCAUAUUGAGAUUGAUAGAAUGUGGUAAAGGGACUGAAGUUGUCCAGGAGAUAAAGACAUUUAGUACUGAGGGAAGAGUGACCACUCAAGAUCCUGCUUUGUUCGCUUUGGCUCUUUGCACACAGUGCUCAAAUAUUUCAACAAAACAAGCUGCCUACAAAGUUCUGGCUGAAAUCUGUCGAAUUCCCACCCAUUUAUUCACAUAUAUUCGAUUUAGAAAGGAACUCAGUAGAGGAAUGGAAUGCGGUAUCUGGGGAAGAGCCCUGCGGAAAGCAGUGGCAAACUGGUACAACAGUAAAGAUGGAAUGUCUAUCGCUAUGGCUGUUACAAAAUAUAAGCGGAGAGCAGGAUGGUCACACAAAGAUUUACUUCGGUUGUCACAUCUGAAACCAGCUAAUGAAGAUCUCACUCUGGUCACAAAGUAUAUUAUGAAGGGUUGGAAAGAAGUUCAAGAAGCAUAUAAGGAUAAGGAAAACUCAGAUGGAAUUCAGCGAUUGUUGAAGUACUUUGAAGCUUUAGAAAGGGUAAAGAUGACCCAAGAUGAACAGGAGGUUGCUCAUCUUAUUGAGGAGUACAGAUUGGUCAGAGAGCACCUACUAACUAAUCACCUGAAGUCACGGGAGGUGUGGAAGGCAUUACUGAAGGAUAUGCCUAUUAUUGCAAUUCUUAAAAAUUUGGGGAAGAUGACUACAGAUUCCAUUCUUAAGCCCGGAAGUGAAGAAGUUACCAUAUUGUGUGAAAGGUUAAAGGAUGAGACUGUGUUAAAGAAGGCUCAAAUUCAUCCAUUUCACAUUUUGGUGGCUCUUGAAACAUACAAAACAGGAAAAGGAAACCGGGGAAAAUUAAAGUGGAUCCCCAAUUCAGAUAUUUUGGUGGCACUAAAUCAGGCAUUUUAUAAAUCUUUUAAGAAUAUAGAGCCAACAGGGAAGCACUUUGUAUUGGCUUUGGAUGUAAGCUCUUCAAUGCGUAGCCAGGUUCUAGGAUGCAGAGCUCUUUGUGCCUACAGUGUUGCAGCAGUUAUGUCAAUGGUUGUUACACAAACAGAAUCCAACUCUACAAUUGUUGCUUUUUCUGAUGAAAUUGUUCCAUUACACAUCACUUCAGAAAUGGCACUGGAUAAAGUAUUAGCUGUGAUGCAUGCGGUUCCGUUUGGUUCCACUGACUGCGCACUUCCCAUGUUAUGGGCUAUUAAGACACAAACAGUUGCAGAUGUGUUCAUUAUCUUUACUGAUAAUGAAACCUAUUACAGAAACAUUCAUCCUGUAGAAGCUUUGAGAGAAUACAGAAAGAAAAUGGGCAUUCCAGCCAAAUUGGUGGUUUGUGGACUGGGUUCUAACGGUUUCGCCAUUGCUGACCCAGAUGACAGAGGCAUGAUGGAUGUCUGUGGUUUUGACACUGGGGCUCUGGACGUCAUUCGUAACUUUGCAUUAGAUUUGAUUUAAAUUUUGGAAGGAAGUACCACUAAAUUGUUUAGUUCACAGAGUAUUUAUGCAUCAGGUUUCUAGGAUGGCUGAACAGCGGACUCACAUUUUGGGUUGCUAGUUUCUUAGUUGCGUGCCUGUUAGAGUUAACAGGAAAUUGUAAACGGAAUAUGUAAUUGAACUUUAAGCCUGUUCUGCCACAGCAAAUUAUUUUAACUAUGGAGUUCUUUUGACUUCCUGCUGUCAAGGUAUUUGUAAUGUUAACUAGAGACAUCCUAGUGAAGUUAGGGUAUAAUCAAAGUUGUGCUCUACAUUUUGUUUGGUGAGUUUACAAGAAGAAUGCUGUUUAAUUGUAUUUCUCUGUUGUGAACAGGCUGGCGAGAGUUAAUGUUUCUGCAGUGUUGGAUUAAGUAUUUGAGGGGUAUCAGGUUUGAGGAAUAUUCUGAAAAAUCUUUUGAGCAUAUUGCGCUUUUUCUAAUUUCGAUAACAUUUAUCUGAAAAAGAAUAAUGUGGACAUGAAAGUAAAAGUGGGAACAAAGCAAACCUGAGUUUAUUAUGGGUGGAUUGUGCUGAAUAAAGUUGAAUUCAAAAGAUGGAUUUGUGAUGUACCAGUACUUUUGGAAGUUUCUAAUUUUUCAGCUGUCAGAAGAACGAAAGUUGUUUUUAAGUACAACAUGUGUAGCAUAUUCCACAAAAGUAGAUUCCAAUUAUCAUUCACCAACAAUUAUUGUAGGUGUUAAUUUUUAUAGAUCCUGUCACAGAGCAAUGUAGAAAAGGUCAUGCUGGAGAUGUGUUGAAGAUCAAUGUAACUCAUUGAUAUUGGGCUAAUGAUUAAAUCUAUUUUGCAGCAGUUAUAGCUGUGUUGAAAGUAACAAUUGUUAACAUAAAUUGCAGAUGGUUAACCUAAUCAGUUUGAGUGCAGUGUCAAUACCACAUGCAUUACAAUGCUGUAUAUCAGACAAACCAUUGGUGAUGAAGAUCUCUUUGCUAAUCUGAUCUUACCUUUCUGAUUCUGAAGAUCUUUUAUAGUUCAGUCUCUUACCGAGCUUUGCAUUUAAAAAAAAACUGCAAUCUUUCUGAAAAUGUCAUUUCAAUAGAAUAUACAAGCCAUCUCUAUGAAGAAUCUUCAAGAAAGAUUCUUGGUUGAGAGUAAUUCAUUUUCUGUCAGGAAAAUUUAUCUUACUGGUUUAAGAUGGUGUAGAUAGUAUGUGUUUUCUGUCUGUAAUUGGGAAUUCCAGACAAAGCCUUUUAUUAAGGAUUGCAGUGUUAAGUAUGUAGAUCAGAAGUAAGGAGUGUGUAGAAUAGGUUACAGGAAAAUAAGUGAUAGAAUGGUAUUGAUGUGAUUGUGCCGACAGUUAGAAUAGACUUUAUGAGCCAAAUGGUCUUCACUAUAUUCUGAGGAUAUUUGAAACUCUUUGGAAAUUCUAACACUUCAUGUAAUGAAAAUUGGCCUAGAAAGAUUUUAAAAUAUUUUAACUAGGGUAAGCUUUAGAAAAGUUUAUUUCACCAAAACAGGAUGAAAGUCUGGAUGAAAACAUAAUUAGUUUUUUUUAGAUUCUUGUUCAAGUAUAGCUCUGUUCUUUUAGCUUAUCUUCCCUUAUAAAGUUCUUUCCUUUUGUUUAAGAUCCCUGAUUUCCCCCACCUAUAUCUUACUCAGGUGAUCAUAACUCAUAUUGGAGCAAUAUUUCUAGGCAAAUCGUUAGAACAGAAGUAGAACAAGCAAGGUAGCCCUGAUCUGAAUUUAACUGUGCUGGUUUUGUUCUUCCAGAAGAUGUGAGAGUCUACAAUAGUUUUUAUGAGUUGGAAGAUACUAACUGUAAUCUAUUCAAGAAAGUGGGGAAUAUGCAAAAAUAGGGUAACUGGGCUGGAUAGCUUUGCAUCCAUUUAGGAAAGAUGUUGGAAUCUCUUAUCAGGGAUAUGACAGUGCAAAUGGAAAAUAAAUGUUUUAAUGAAAAUGAAGGUUAAAAAUAUAAUUUACUGUGUAUUUUUGAGAUGCAAGGAAACAUAUGAUAUACAGAAUAUAGAUUUUCAAAAAACAUUAAUUCAAAUGCCACACAAGAUUUUGUUUCACAAGAUUAUUGUAUUAUUAUGAUUUGUAGGUUGGUUAAUGGAUGGGAAAUGGGGUAGAAUGAAUGGAUCAUUUUUACAAAUGCAGUGUGUAACUAUUUUGGUUCCACUAAGUUCUACUUAAUACAGCAAUGGUAUAUAGUGUAGAAAAAUGAUUAGGUGAAAAGUGAAGUAUAAUCUCUUAAAUUAGCAUAAAAGUAAGGAGGUUUGGUAAAGAGCUUUUUCAAAGUUUUUUUUCUUAUUUGAAAGCUUGUUUUUGUAGUUGCAGCAGUCAGAGAAGUAGAGGGAAGGAGUCUUUUUCUAAGUUGUUUGUGACUGGCUAAGUGUGUGGCAACUCAGCCAAUAAAAGGAAGCUCAGGUAAAGUAGAGCGGUCAUUUUGGGGUGGCCAUUGGGAGAAUGGGACAGUGUAAGAGUGGGAAACUGAGUUCUUCGCUCAAGGCUUUUGGCAAAGGGGCACAGGUGAGUAGCCGAGAAGAACAGACAAGGCUUUUAUUUUCCUGUUGAUCUAAGUCCUUUGACUUACUGAAGACAAAAUGGUAGUUGGGGCGGUGGAGCAUUCCUUCUGCAAGAUGUGUGAAGUCAGAGAACUUCAUGGUCUCCCUGAUGACUAUAUCUCUGGGAAGAACAUCAAGGUGUGGCUUCUAACAGAUCGGGUCGAGGAACUGGAGGUGCAGGUGUAUGUACAGAUUCUGCUGCCCCAUUCCUCUCAGUCAUAGGUACUGUUGGUGGAGAGGGAUGGUGGGGUAUGACCUUUCAGAAGCUAGCACCAGCAGCUAGGUUAUUGGCACCAUGACUGGCUCUGAGGCAACAGAGGUAAGGAUGAAAUCAGAUAGAGUGAUUACUGAUAGGGAACUCAAUAGUAAGGGGUAUAGACAGGCUUUUCUGUGACUCCAGUUGAAACUCGAGGAUGAUGUGUUGUCUUCCUGGUGUGGAGUCAAGGAUGUCUUGCAGAUACAGAACAUCCUGAGAGGGGAGGUUGAGCAGCCAGGAGUCAUGGUACUUUAGGCACUAAUGAUAGACACAAGAGAUUCUGCAGAUCAUAAACACAAGGUUCUACAGAUGCUGGAAAUCCAGAAAACACACAGAAAACUUCUGGAGGAACUCAACAGGUCAGGCAGCAUCUAUCGAAAUGAAUGGACAGUUGACGUUUCAGACCUAUACCUUUCAUCGGGACUGGAAAAGAAGGGGGUAGAUGCCAGUAUAAAAAGGUGGGGACAGAGGAAGGAGGACAAGCUAGAAAGUGAUAGGAGAACCCAGGUGUUGGAUGGAAAAGGCAAGGGAUUGUAAAAGACAGAAUCUGAUAAGAGAGUGGUCCAUGAGAGAAAUGGGAGGAGUGGCACCAGGGGAAAAUAAAAGGUGAAAAGUAGUAAGAGGUUGUUGAAUGGAAGAGGAAGGAAGGAUUACCAGAAGGAGAAAUUGACGUUCAUGCUGAAGGCUACCUAGAUGAAAUAUGAAAUAUUGCUCCUUCCUCUGAGAGUGGCCUCAUUGUGGCAGAUAUAGGCAGGAAGAGGGAUGAGAUGCUGCAACAGGAAUUUAAGGCACUAGGAGAGUUCAUCCACAUUGACAAUUUGGGUGGAGUUUAGAAAUAAGAAAAGUACAGUUACACUGAUGGGAUUGUACUAUAGCCCCCACCCUCCAUAGCCACUGAGAGGCAGAAGAAUAGAUAGAUAUGUAGACAAAUGAUGGAAAGGUGCAGGAGCAAUAAGAUUGUCAUAGUGAGAGCUUUAACCUCCAUACAAUUGAUUGCAAUUUCCAGUGGGAUUUCUUCAGUGCAUCCAAAAAGGUCUUGAAAUAGUAUUUGGAGAGUUGAACUAGAAGAGAAAACAUACUGGAAGUGGUUUAGGGAAAUGAGACAGACCAGUGCAGACCUCAUAAAAGGUGAACAUUUUGGGAAUAGUGACAACAACUCAUUAUGUUUUAAAAUAGUUAUGAAUAAGGACAAAAUUGGAUCUUGUGGGGAGGGCAAACUCUGACCAGAUAGGACUGGAGCUGAGGAGUGUUGAUUGGGGACAGCUGUUGUUGGACAAUCCAUGUCUGACAUAGGAGUUGUUAAAAGACCAGCGGAUUAGAGUUCAGAAUUGGUAUCAUCUGGUAAGGAGUAAGGACAAGGAUGGUAAGGUAAGGGAACCAUGGAUGAACCAACAGGUCCUAAAUUAGUUGGGGAAAAAAUGGAAGCAUGUGUAAAAUUAGAAAGCUAAAAUCAUACUGAGCCCUUGCAGAAGAUAAAGUUAGCAGGUAAGUACUGCUGAAAUAGAUGAUUUGGAAGACCAAAAGAGGCCAUGAGCUAUUCUUCGUGAGCUGGAUCAAGGAGAAGCCCAAGGGAUUUCGUACCUAUAUUAAGAAAAAGAUGAAGAAUAAGGAGGAAGUUUGUGCUUGGAAUUAGAAGUGGCUGAGGUUUAAAUGUGUUGGUAUUUACCAAGGAGAAUUUGGAGAUAGUACAAGCAGAGUGGGACAUGCUGAUGUGCUACAACAUUUUUGAGAUCGAGGAGGUAGUGCUGGGUAUUUUGAAAAGCUCUAAGGAUGCCUAGUAGCCUAUUUGAAUAUUGAAAGAAGCAAAGGCGGAGAUUGCUGGAGCUUUGACAAGGAUCUUCGUGGCCUGCCAACAACAGGCAAAGUCCUGGAGGAUGAGAGUAGCAAAUGCUGGGGUCUUUGUUCAAGAAAGGAAGUAGGGAUAAUCCAGAUAUUUAUAGGUUAGUGAACUCAUGUAAAUGGUAGAGAAACUAUUGGAAAGGAUACUGUGGGUUAGGAUUUGUGCACAUUUGGAAGAGCAUGACCUGCUUAAGGACAGCCAACAUGACUUUGUGCAUGGUUGUCAUGUCUUGCAAACUUGAUUGGGUUUUUUGAGGAGUUGACAAAGAAGCCUACUGAGGGUAAGGCAGUUGGCAUUAUCAACAUGGACUUUAUUUAGGCAUUUGAUGAGGUUCCUCGCGGUAGACUCAGAAGAUAAAGGUGCAUAGGUUCCAAGUUGAAUUACAAAUUUGGAUUGAGAAUGGGCUUGCCCCUUGAAACCAUAUUAGGACUGGAAUACUGUUAUGGCUGGAGGUCCAUGAUGAGUGGUGUACCAUAAGGAUAGAUAUUGGGACAUCUGAUGUUUGUAAUUAUGUAUCAAUCAUAGAGAUGAAAAUGUACUUGGGUGGAUGAGCAAGUUUGUAAAUGACACCAAGAUGAGUGGAGUUGUAGACAGCGUACAGGACUAUAAAGAAUACAGAAGGAUAUAGAUCAGUUACAGGCAUGGACAAUGAAAUGGCAGGAGGAGCUUAAUAUGGGAAAGUGUGUGGUCUUGCACACAUGGAGAUCAAAUGAAAAGAGAAAGUAGACUCCUUAAUUGCACUGAGGUACAGGGGAUCUUUGGGUCCAUUUCCAUGGUUCACUGAAAGUGGCUGCUCAAAUGGGUAAGGUGAUUUUUUUUAAAGAAAGGCAUGUGGGGUGCUUGCUUUUAUUGGUGGGUUAUUGAGCAUAAGAGUGAGGAAGUCAUACUGCUGCAAUAUAAAACUUUAGUCAGGCUGCAGUGGGAUUAUUGAAUGCAGUUCUGGUCACCCUAUUAUAAGAAGAAUGAGGAGAUAGUAUAGAAGAGGUUUUCUGGAUGUUUCCUGAAUUAGACAGCGUACGCUGUAAGGAAAGGUUGGACAGACUAGUGUUUUUCUCCUUAGAAUAUCAGAGGCUGAGGGGAGAUGAUAGAGAUUUAAAAAUUAUGAGAGGAAAUGUCAAAUACUACAGAACAUGCUUUAAGGUUAGUGGGGGAAGUUUAAAGGUGAUGUGAGGGGCAAGCUUUUUACUCAGAGUGGAUGGUGCCUGGAAUAGGUUCCAGGAAUACAGGUAAAAUCAGGUAAUUUGGUGAAGUUUCAGAAGCUGUUGGAUAGACACAUGAAUAUCAAAGGAAAAGAAGGAUAUGGACGAUACUUAGGAGGAGGACACUUAGUAUAAAUUUUCAUCUAGAUUGGCACAACAAUGUGCACUGAAUGGCCUGUCAGUGCUGUACUUUUCUAUGUACAAUUGUAAAGGAGACCAUAAAUAGUGAAUAUUAAAUGUUAAUGGUCUUUAACAAAGGAAAUGAGCUGCUGCAACAGUUCACUAGAUUGAUUCCUGGAAUAAGUAUUUUAGGUAGUUUGGGAUUCUAGCCCAAAGAUUCUUGGGAUAUCUAAAAUUGCUGAGAUAGUUUCCCUAAUUGGAGAGUGCAGAAUCAGAGGACAUAGUCUCAGGAAGGUCAACUGUUGAGUACUGAUACAGAUUUCAUUUGGAACAGGGAAUCUCUGGAAUCCUCCAGAUGUAUAGUGAGUGAGAUAAAUAAAUUUUAGAUAGUAAAAGAAUGAAAAGAUAAUAGAACAGAGUGGGAAAAGUGUAAAUGAGAAGAAGCUCAUCCACAAUCUUGAGUGAUAAAACAAGUCUGGAAAUGUUGUACAGUCUAUUAUUGAUUCUACUUUUUUUUAUAUUUUUAUAGUUUUUGCCAUUAAUUGCAUUGCAUUUGUUUGAAGGUCAACAAUUAGGAAGAUAACAUAAAAGAUUUUUCAUGCAAGUUGAAGGCAAAUGUCUAAACUCGUGAUUUUUAGAUUACCUGAAAAUUUAACUUGGGCAUGAAUCUGUACUUUGUCAGUUCCAGAUGUAGCAAUCUAACAAAGGUGAACUUGAUGAAUUAACAUUUUUGGUUUAUCAGAAUUAACCUGGUCCUGAAGACUGGCACUUAAUUUGAUGAAGUCCUACAGUGGCUUAUAGUUUUGGAGAAUAACAAUAACUAUUGCUGUGGUUUUAUUUCCAAACUGAAGGAUGUUAAUUAAUAACAAAUGGGAAUACAGCAGCAGACAGGGCCAUCAUUAACAAUAUGAAAAAUAUGCCUGUGAUUGAUUGCAUUAAUUUUUGUAGGUUUUGGAAGUCAUUGGCUGUUGUUGACUCCAAUGUAAAAGUAUAUGUCGGUGUAUAAUACAUUCCAUAGAAACUCUCAGGUAUUUUAUGUUUUGAAGUUCUUGAUUUUUGGUCAGGAUGUUUGCAUUAUCAACCAAAUUAAGGCAUUGGCAUUUGUGAAUUUAGCUGCUUUCUGGAGAACUUGGGUAACAUUAUAACCUUUGUUGGAAUCUUGAUAUAAAUUCAAUUUAUUUGCACCUUUAACAUAGUAAAGUCCAAUGAUGCUUUAAUAGAUACUACAUACUUUAUUGGAAUUGGAAAUAUUGAGGUUCUGGCAAAAGUUGGUCUUGAACUCCUACUACAAUUAAAUUUUCAACAAUACCAUUCAUUGUUUUUCUCCCUCCACUCUGUUUUAAUGGCUGAAGCUAACUUUGUAGCAGUCUGUAAUCUAUUGUAUUUGUACAGGUACACAGUAUUCUUUUUUAAAUUUUUUUUCUCUUUGUACUUCAUAAUUAUUUGUUUUCAUAUACAACAGAUUUUAUAUUGACAUUCUAAGCUCACCUGCUUUGGUCUAUCUACCUUGCAUUUGUUUGCAUGUAUCCUUGAGUGCCAAUUAAAGUUGUAGCUUUGUACUUUUUCCAUUCCACGUUUGCCUAUUGGCUGCCUGAUUUCUACUGAACAAAGUUAGUCCACGGAGGAAUGAAUAUGCUUUUAAAAUGGCAACUUAAAAGAAUUAGAUAUAAAAAAUUCCAUCUGGUACUUUGCCAUAUUUUAAAACUGAUUAAAGAAACAAAUAAAAUAUUAAAAUUCUUCAGGUUGCUAUGGCCAAACAACACAAUGUAAUUUUUGCCACUCUCAGAAGUCAAUAUCCUGUGCAUACAAUAAAAUGCAAGUUGUUAAUUACUCUGCACUAAACUCAUCUGUUCUUUUGAUAUAAAUUGUGUUCAUUAUACUUUGCAUUUUUACAUGGUGGUGUCUAGAAAACAUAACAUUGUGAAACUGUAAUAUGUUUAAUGUCUGCAGGCAAAGUAUGACCUUUGUCUUUCUAGCCAACUUAAAUGAAGUCAAUGGUACCUAAAUAUGACCAAACAAAUCAUUUAAAUUAUUGUAUCAAACAAUGCUGGAGGACAGAUUUUUUUAUAUAGAUUUUAGAAUUAAUUUUGACACUUUUAAAAUCUGUAAUGUGAAACUGAUUAAAACAGAUAUUUUUACUGACAAGGUUUUUCACUGAAACUCUGCAUAAUGAGUUUUAAAAGCUAUUGAAAUCAUGGUUAACUUAUUGUUAUUAUAUGCAAAUAUGUUUCUCAAACCUUUGACUAUGUAUCCAUCUUUAUGUGUCCAAUAUUAACUAGAAUAUAAUGUUGGCAAUCUAAAACUGGUUACUGCUUUCCUACUUUCCAGAGUGGCCCUUUGCAUAGGAGUUGAAUGUCGCCACUUGAAAAGUGAUCAAUCGCUAACAUAAUGUGUCAAACUAAACAUGGUAAUGCUGUGCAAAAUAUGAAUGUUACUGUUAACUGCCUUUAAGUUCACUAUAAUGCAUUUAAUUGUUUUUAUAUUUAAUCCAGUUGAAAUAAAGUGCUAAAAAAUGGUAUA